CACUUUCGUAACUUUUGUUUUGGUACUUUUUGUAAAGGAAAGUCAGGGGCGGAGUUUUUUGUACAAUGAAGGUUGAGCUUCAUAUUCACCUAGAAGGUGCUGUCAGACCCUCAACAGUAUGGGAUCUUGCCAAGAAGAGUGGUGUGGAUGUACCUGGGAACAACGCAGAGGAGUUGGCUCACUUCAUCCGGAGCUUCAAGAUGGGAAGCCUCUCAAACUUUCUACAGACAUUCAAUAUAUUUCUGCCUGUUUUAGUCGCUGAGAAAGAUGCUAUUAAACGUGUCGUCUACGAGCUCUGUGAAGACAAAGCCAAAGAAGGGGUGAUAUACUUUGAGCUACGCUUGAGCCCCCACCUUCUAGCCAACUGCGGGAUCGCUUGGCUGAGUUUCAAAGUGGAGAAGAAGCUGCCGCUACGGACGGUGAUGCAGAGCGUGAUUGAAGGAAUCGAGGCGGGCCAACGAGACUUCAACAUUAAGACGCGUCUGAUCCUCACCAUGACAAAACAUGAACCUGGAUGGGCUGCAGAAUGUCUUGAAAUGGCCAAGGAGUUCAGCGGCUCUGUCGUUGGCAUAGAUAUAGGAGGAGAGGAAAAUCUACCACUGGAUCCAGAAAUAAUCAGAGUUUAUCAGGAAGCUAAACAGUGUGGUCUUCAUCGUACUGUACACGCUGGUGAAGCUGGGCCUGCUCGUCAUGUCAAGGAGGCCAUUGAAGUGCUCCAUGCAGAGAGAAUAGGGCACGGAUAUCACUGUCUGGAUGAUGAGAAUGUUUAUCAGAUGGUGAAAGACAAGAAUAUUCACAUAGAGGCUUGCCCAACAUCCAGUAUUUUUACGGGAGCAUGUGAUCCAGAUUUCACCAAGCAUCCUUGUGUCAGAUUCUUGAAAGACAAUGUAAACUUUUCUCUAAACACCGACGAUCCGCUGAUAUUUGGAAACACCAUGAACGAGGAGUUCAAGAUUGCAAAAGAAUAUUUUGCCAUGAGUGAUCAGCAGGCAGCACAAGUGACUUUGAACGCUGCCAGAUCAUCUUUUCUACCAGAUGGAGAGAAGGAAGAACUCAUCAAACAAAUAGAAUCAGCAUAUAAAGAUUGUGCAGGGCUUAACCUCACAGUUUAAUCAGACUCUCUUUGGGGGUUUUACAAUUGACCCUUCCCAUGUGUGCUAAUUACAUUCACGCAUGCGUACAGACCCUAUUGGUUGGCAAACGCCAUAGAGAUGUGCACUAAGCAGACUCACAAACGCCAUGUCCAAAACAGCCCGCUGUUCCCUCAUUUUGCCAACCAAAAUGUUAGUGUGCACAUGCCAUUUCUGCAAUUAACAUAUUUCAUGGGAAGGGUCUAUUUAAAUCCGCCCCGGAAAGUUAUCUUAAUUAACAUUUAUAUAUACAGACAACAUAUCAGAGCCAACUCGAUUUAUUGCUACAGCUUAAAAGCUGGAUUUAUUCAUAUUCAAAAUGGUGAAAAAUGUUCUCCUUUAGUAGAUUUAGCACAUGUUGUAGGCAAGGAGACGGAUAGGGAAAACUGGCCAAACAGACAAACUUCAACAAUACAUUACGACAUAAAUUUUGAGGAGUAACAUUGUUCCUCAAAAAAUGAAAGAUCACGUCCAACCAAAACACAAAUGAACACCACAAUGUGGCCAAAACAAACCGCACCAUGCCCUUCCAACUUUCAAAUAUGGACUAAUUUUUCCACACUCUCAUAAAACACUGUGUACCACUUAAGCAAUAGCCUACAAGGCGCACACCGGGUCACACUGGGUCCAAAGAGUACACCGGGCCCAUGGGCCACACUUGGGACGUUUAAGGGACCCAAAGGUCACUUGGACACACCGGGACACAAAGGUCCCACCGACAGAACGGGACCAAAGUGGAAGCCUGAGGGGAUAAAGACUAGCCCCAAUGGAACACGUAGGGCGCUACAAAAUAAAUAAAGUACCCUAGUGUUUUACAAGUCAGAAAAGUAAUAGUGUAAUUUAAUAUUGACAAACACAAAUCUCUAGUUCAGUAAUUGGUGGAAAUUGUUGUCAGGUUUGUUACUGGUGCUUGUGUUGAAACAAAAUGUAGGGAGUUUGUAGUUCUGUUUUGCAAAACCAUCUAAAAGUCAGCGUCAAUGUGCCGUCUACCUUCGGCAGCAUGAAACUUUUUAUAAAUAUGAUGAAGAUCAAAAAUUUAUGGAUAUAAAUACUUUUAUAUAAAAAGAAUGAAUGAUUAAAAAAUAUCAAAGAAUAGUAUAAAUAAACUGCUUAUUUAAUAAGCACUUAUAUUUA